ACGAACUACGGCAACCUGGACAGCCGACUCUGCCGCUAGGAAUAUCCCUCGCAAAACGUCAAACUCCUCUCUCCGACGGUGAAAGUCGAUACCAAAGACAGUCGACACCAAACCUAGUGGCGAAAGGCCAGUACCUGUUCCAAAGAAAAGACCGAAGAACACGAUGGCAGUCGACAACCCCUCGUAUUUCUCGCUGGCCGACGGAGGGGCGACUCCUGGGGCAGCCGGGGUAAGAGGAGCUUCCUUGGGCUUCUCUAGAACCGCUCGCCCGAAGAGAUUCGGGGCCUUCUUCAAGAAGAGGUCCGGGAAAAUGGGGGUGACCUCCUCCGCCAGCGUCGUGUCCACUUCUACGACUAGCACCCUGAUGCACCACGAGAGCAACAGGAGCAGCGCUUCAGGGUCUUCGAAGCCUUCCACCCCUGUCGAGGAAUUUAUCCCCAGUCUGCUGCAGCACUCCAGAAUCAACACCCUGGGCAGCCCUGGUGCCAACGGAGGGUUCAACGCCGGAGUGACCUUCAACGGCAACGGAGCUUUGGGUCUUCGUAGGAGCUUUCGCAGCCUCUUCCGCUCGGUGAGCACCAACUCGGACCCGGAGACGACCCAGCAGUUCCUGAAGGGAGAUCCAAGGCCUUCGGAUGUGGCUCCUCCCUCUCCGUACUUACCUCACAGGUCGCAUUCCCAUUCGGAGACCGAUCGGCGACGACCUGGACGUCGAAGGGUUCUGAAAUCGACCAGUGAGCUCCUCUCCAGUGACAUGGUCUACUGCGGCCUGCCUGGACACGAAGGCGCCGCCAUGUUGGAAAACAGUACCUUCUGCUGCAUCGAUCUCGACGACGAUGACGAAGAUGAAGACGACGAGGAAGACAUCACGGUGGACCCUUCCGAAGCCAAAGUUACAUUGGGAAUUGACGGAGCUAGGUAUUACAACGUCUCGACGUUGCCGAACCCAGGGUCCUCGAGUUCCGGAAGGAGGCAUUCGAUCGGAUCCUUCCUCGCAAAGGACAGGACCGCCGCCAGGACGAGGUCCAGGACGAGGAUUAAUAACAGACUCGACAUGUCGCCGACCCAUUCCGGGAGGAGACCAGGACAGUUCGUUGAGAGGUUCCUCUCAGAACCGAACGCUAAAAUCGGGGUGGACGUCGUCGACGCCAUUGUUCACGAAACGGAAGAUGGCGUCCCUGUUAAGGCUGUAGGGCGAAGAAGACGCAGAGACGGGGUUGGCAAACGUGGCCGGGCCGUUGUUGGCGGAAGUUCAACUGGACGUCGGAACGAGAUGUCCGCCCCGACGACCUCGCCGAGCCCGCCGGAAGUCGACGUGGUGUUCGUGUCCAGCAACGAGAGCGAGGUCUCCGCUCUCUGGGUGAACUACCUCGCGGCGUGCUUCGAGCAAAUUAGCCGACAGCAGAGCAGGCCGCCCUACAAGGUACGCCGAGUUACGGUGGAGGAGCCGAUACCACUGGACCUGAGGGGUAAAAUACGAAACUCGAAGCUGCAGAUCGUCGUCAUCUGUCCGGUUUUGUUGGAGCGAGCCGUAAGCAAAUCCUCGAUCCUGGCGAGCCUCACAAGCCAGCUGGCUCCUGAUAGAGUCCUGGCGAUGAUGCUGGGGGUCCACGAUGGUCACAUCACCAACGAGCACCGAGCAUCUCUCGCAUCGUACCCCCAAUGGCGGAAAUACUUCGUCAAGGAUCAGGACGAGACUUUCGUGGGGGAAUUCCUGGGAGCCGCAGUGGCCAUCCUGUCGACGACUCAGGUUACAGCGAUGCGGCCCGACAAGACAGGAUUCUCGGUCCUGCCGAAAAAAGUCAAGACUGGGCAGAGUCGAGUGAUCGCUCUUCUGAACGAUCCUUUGCUGCCGGAGGAUAAUGUCUCCGUGAUGGUGGAUCGCUGUGGCGAGGCGAUCGAGGUGAACCAGGUGAAGAGAAGAAAUCCUUACACCUUGCAGUUCUCCGUGCCCGAUAGGUGCCUGGAAGUUUCCAUGCUGAUCGGCGUCAGGAUAAUUAAAAAUGGAUGCGCCCUCGGGAGUCGGCAGAUCAAGUGCGAGAGCAGACUUAGAGAACUGGACCAGAUCCUCCGAGCCCAAGAUAAUCCUCUUCAGUUCAUCUGCCAAACCUUCGGCUUCAGCUCGGGCGAUCGCGAGCAACUCGACAAUUGGAUGGUACAUUCAUUCCAGAGGAACAUACCUCCGCAUUUCAGUCUCCUGUCCAGACCAGGAGGCGUGAUGCAAGUCUCUCUGCUAAGAAAUCAAGCGAGCUCGGAGGAGUAUCCAACUCUGCUCCAUUUCGCGGCACGUUUUGGCCUCGAAAAGCUCACUUGGCAGCUGUUAGAGUGUCCUGGCGGUGAUAUCGCCUGCGAUUUACGGAAUAUUUCCGACUUAACGCCAGCUGAGAUCGCCGAGCAAGCCGGCCACGCGAAAUUAGCUCAUCAGCUUCGCGGGUACAUGCAAAUGAACGAAUUUACAAGCAUGUACAGCUACCUGAAGAUCGUGAGCGAGUCCGUUAAUAAACCCACGCCUGACGACUCGACUGCGGUUGCUGCAACUACGCCUGUUGCGACACCGACAUCAGCAUCGGGGAUGUCGAAUGAUGACUGUGGUCAGCAAGAGUACUGUCGUCCUCGACCACUGAGCGAGGUUUAUUCUGUCCCUCCAGCUGCUAGACCUCUUACAGUAUUGAUAGCACCUCCUCAGCAAUCGACAAAUCCCUCUCGAAACAACUGCACCACUCCAGUAGCUGGACCAACUCCGGUACCAACUGCUGCGGCCUCCGAUGCUGCAUCUUCGGCAUCGACGUCCUUGACGACGUUCAGCGACUUUGAGUCGCCCUCUCAAGGCUACUUGGCGAUGCAUCCUGCAGUAGAUCCUCAAAAGGUAUCGACAACCCGCCCGGUUGCCCCCAGCAAUGCAUCAACCUCUGAUAUUCGCUCGAGAGAUCAGAGUGCAUCGACCAGAUCUUCAAAUUCGACCACAAGGUCGAACGACUCUUCGGGGCCGCAGGAUGAACUCCUGGAGAUCAUCAACGACUUCAAGAACGACGUCUUCACGAUUUCCGAGGUAGAACGUCUGGUAGAGAACUGGCGGAACCGAAACGACGUCCAGCAGAGCUUCAAGGACAAGCAAAGGCAGCUUGCCACGAUGAGGGAGGAGUACGAGAAGAUACAGAAAAGGCUGAAAGAGGAGAUGAAGGCCCCGACUCCCUUCGACAAGAUUCGGAAGUUCUUCUCGAAGGGCAAGAAAGGUAUGUGGAAGAGCGAUCGUUAUGACACGCUGGUCGAGAUGUUCGUUGCACCGAGACUAUUCAUUUUUCGUUCAGAUGCCAAGGAGUCGAUGAGCUCUUGCGAGGAUACUCCAUCGACGAAUAAGAUGGAGGUGCCAGUGACGGUGCACAGCGACCGUCGACCUUGCAGCAGCCUCAGCCUCCGCAGUACAUCCAGCUCGUCAUCUUCCGGUCGGAUGAGCACCGUCAGUGGCUGCAGUGGAACCAGCCUCGGUGACAGUGGUACACAUUCGGACCCUGAAGACAAAAGGCUUCGCAACCGGAGGGAGGACAGAAACGGAAUUAAGUGCUACGAGGUUCCGUCGACUCCCAAACCAGUCAAUGGCACUUGCUCGCCACUAUUAUGCGAGAAUUCUUCACCCACGACUGCGCUGCCAAAUGGCAUCCAGACACAUCAGCCUGCUGUAGACCAGAAGACCAACGAGUAUUACAUUGCGUUCCCUCCGUCCGGAUUACCCGUCCACUUGUUUAAACACAACGGUGCCUUGCAUGCCGACGACCCGAAGACGCCUGAUUCUCCAAGCGACCAGCCAAGAUAUCCUGAGUCGUCGGGAACAUCUUCAGGUCAGGAAGCGAAUUCGUCUUCAGAAAACCGCCAGUCUCGAAACUGCGAUCCCACAUCCCCAUCAUCCACGUCAGACUGUUCAGCGUCUUCUUCGGGAUCAUCCUCGUCGAUGAUCCCGAGUUCUCAGCAUCAGUUUGAAUCAUCUCCGGACCAUUCUCACGCAUCCCUUGAUUAUGCAAAUGUCUGUCCAAAAGCAUGCGACCGUGAGAGAACCUGUUCAGACCUAAGCGAUCCGUCGAAAGCUGAGAAUCUAAAUGGCGAACAAGAAGCUGUCUCGGUAGCGGCAGUUAAUUCUUCAGACUCCUCUCCAGAGGUUACUAAAAACAUUGAAAAUGCCAGAAUGGAGAUAGAGUCCCAGAAAACGGAAAGAGUCUUGGAACGCAAAAUCGACCCUACCGAGAUCAUCGACGUGGACGUCGUGGACGGGCCAACAUCGACGGACCAUCUUCCACAAUACAUGAACAUCACUGCGAACGCGAUGCAGAGGAACAUCCCCGCACUUAUUUCCGGGCCCAUCGGGACAUCCUUGCCAGGUCCUCCGGUUCCCAGACGUGGAAAAUUCUCCUGUUUCCCGAUCGAUGCCGCCGAUCGCCUGAACACGAUAAAAUCCGCGACAUGAGCUUAUUGAACAAACGAAACGGAGGAGCAGUUUAAACGCUGUAGGCGGAAAUUUAAUAUUGUACAUACAUACCAUGGGCGGAAUCGUUUUCUUCAGACACGGGAGAUAAAAUCGGCGGCAGAAGUAUGCUCCGAAACGAGAGGAAUGGCCAGAUAAUAUCUGCGACACGGCUGGGCGCGAUGUGAGGUGUCUUUUAAACGGGAAGAGUAACUCGAUAAGAUCUGCAACAUGACUCGGUAGGACGUAAGGAAUCGUUUAAGUAGAUUAAGCAGAAGAACAGUUGUAAUGCGUGAUACGAGAUGGGACUAUUGAAGGAUGUUCGCUCCUCCACUUUUGAUCCUGAUGUUUUCUGCAGUGUACAUUGUGCAUACAGGGAUUGAAUUAGUGGAUCGACGUCCAUUUCGGUUCUCCUCCCGAAACGAUGCGACAAAGCCCUUGACAUGAUUCCCUGCAAACAGGUGGCUUUUAAGCGGGAGAAAUAAUUGCGGCUCGUGAAUGAAUGAAUGAAUGAACGAACGACUGACUGUACACCGGGUUCCUUCAUUCCUCACUUUGCUACUAGCCGCAUACGUUAAUUGAAUGAAUGAAUCGCCUUCAGCACAAGUCCGGAGAAGACGGACCUGGAUAUAAAUAGACGGGGAACCACGAAUGGUAGGGAUAGAGAGGAAAGCGUCGAUACCAGUCGUCCUUCGAGUUUGUCGCAACGUACAUGUCACGCGUAUACAUCACGAUGAAGGACGCGGGCCAGACUUCGGCGAAAUAUUGCGAGAUUACGGUUUUACCGGAGGUCUUGUCUCGUGGACGCUCAUUGCGAGAGUUAUGGCAAAUGCUGUCCUACGAGCUGCGGUGGAGCUGUGUGCUCUAGACCAGUUACUCAGCGACAACCAAAUAACUACG